GCAGCCCUCCGCUUAGCAGAGGAUCACCCACACACCUUUCACAAACCCGAUAGGAGGACCUGAUACUUCCUCUUCAUAGCCCAUACGGUCGUUCGCUGCUGGCAACGAACCCUUUUCGAGCCAGGUUUUUUUGUAGCACAGAACUGCAAAGAUGCACCCGAUAUUAUUGCACGGCCACACUCGGUCUUUGACCAAGAUCAAAUACAACAAUGACGGUGAUCUCCUCUUUUCCGCCUCAAAGGACAACCAGCCAAACGUCUGGUUUGCUCACAACGGGGAGAGACUGGGGAGUUACAACGGCCACAAUGGUACCGUCUGGGACUUGGACGUCAGCUUCGACAGCACACGCCUCUUGACGGCAUCAGCAGACAACACGUGCAGGAUGUGGUCCGUAACGUCUGGAAAGGAGCUGUUCCGAUGGAACACCCGCACCGCUGUCAGGCGGGUUGCUUUCGGCCAGGGUGACCGUGUCGCUCUCUAUGUUACGGACGCUGUCAUGGGACAACCGUCGACUGUGUGGAUUGUCGAGAUCGAGGAGGACGUGGAGAACCAAACCGAGGACUUCCUUUUGAAGAUUGUCAUCCCGGGAUCAAAGGCUACCGUUGCGGCGUGGGGAGACCUUAACAAGACUAUCUACACUGGUCACGAGGACGGUACAAUCACAAUCUGGGACGCAGAGACCGGAGCAAAGAUCAAAUCCGUCAAGAACCACGAGAAGAUGAUCACGGACAUGCAAUGGGCACCAAACCUCGGCUACUUCAUCACAUCCUCGAAGGACCACACCGCCAAAAUCUUCGACGCAAAGACGCUGCGUGUCAUGAAGACAUUCGUCACGGAGCGUAACGUCAACUCCGCCGCUUUGUCACCUAUCCGUCCUCACAUUGCACUUGGAGGAGGACAAGAAGCUAUGGAUGUGACCACUAAGGGAGGCGUGAAGCAAGGAAAGUUCGAGACACGGUUCUUCCACCUGCCGUUCGAGGAAGAGAUUGGCCGUGUGAAGGGACACUUCGGGCCUAUCAACACGUUGGCGUUCGCACCCGAUGGCAAGAGUUUCGCGAGCGGCGCCGAAGACGGUUUCGUAAGAAUCCACUUCUUCGACCCAGACUAUUUCACCUUCAAGUACGACGAGGAAACCAUGACCCUCUAAACCCAAUUACCCCCCGCCACCCUGACUCCCUCCAACCCAACAACCCCCUCAUUCCGGAUCACAACCGCGCACACGCACACACAUUGCGCGCUUGACCAUCCGCACCCACUUCUUAUUAUAGUCGCCGCCUAGAGGUCGUCUAGAGUCGCAGAAGGUAGCCAUCACCUCUCCUCUCCCAAUCUUUUUCCUGCAAGAAUUUGUUGUCUAUAUAUAUUUUGUAUACAUAUCCAU